GCGUCCUGGUCCAGGGGCUCGGGGCUACGUGUUAAGACAUGGACUUGGCCGGAGUUCUCCUGGCGUUUUUCCUCGUGCUGGUGCUCGUGGUGUCUCUGCUGUCCAACCUCCUGGUGCUGCUAUGCUUCCUCUACAGCUCCGAGAUCCGCAAGCAAGUGCCCGGGGUCUUCCUGGUGAACCUGUCCUUCUGCAACCUGCUCCUGACCGUGCUCAACAUGCCCGUCACUUUGCUGGGGAUCCUGAGGCACCAGCAGCCCCUCGGGGACUGCAUCUGCAGGGCGGUGGGCUUCCUGGAAACUUUCCUCGCCUCCAACACCAUGCUGAGCAUGGCCGCGCUCAGCAUAGACAAGUGGAUUGCCGUGGUGUUCCCCUUGAGUUACACCAGCAAGAUGCGGUACAAGGACGCCGUGCUCCUGAUGGGCUACUCCUGGCUCCACUCCCUCACCUUCCCCUUGGUCUCCUUGUGUUACUCGUGGGUAGACUACAGCAGCGUCUACGCCUCCUGCACCUUGCACCUGCGAGAGGAGACGGAGAGGAGGAGGUUCACCGUCUUCACCAUCGUCUUUCACGCCACCAGUUUCAUGCUGUCGCUGGUGAUACUGUGCUUCACCUAUCUGAAGGUGUUGAAAGUAGCCCGGUUCCACUGCAAAAGGAUAGACAUUAUUACAAUGCAGACGCUGGUGUUGCUGGUAGAUAUCCACCCCAGUGUGAAGCAGCGGUGUCUGAACGAGCAGAAAAGGAGACGGCAGCGGGCUACUAAGAAAAUCAGUAUUUUUAUAGGCUCCUUCCUGAUCUGUUUUGGCCCCUACAUUAUCACCAGAUUGAUAGAGCUCCUUCCCUUUGUUACCAUCAACUACUACUGGGGAAUUAUAAGUAAGUGCCUCACCUACAGUAAGGCUGCAUCAGAUCCAUUUGUUUACUCACUUUUACGUCAACAGUACAAGAAAGUCCUGAUCAACAUAGUCAACAGGAUACUUAAAAGGGAUCUAUAUCCUUCAUCGGGCUACAACAGCUCUCUUGACACCGAAAAUGAUUACUGCUUACACAGAACAAACUAACAACUUGGCUAUCCUUACUCUUCAUGUGAAGACAGGUCUCUGCCACUCUAGGAAUAUCACCUGAUCUUUUGCACACGGAUCUGACAAUGGUGACAAUACCUUUGAGACAUGAAAGUUGCAUCACUACAAUGCAGUGAAAUGUGCAGGCUUUCCUAAAAGGCUCUUCCAUUGUCUGCAGCUAGUGUAGACUACAGCAUCACAGUAGCUGUCUGGGAUGGGCAGAAAGGAGCCUACCUAGCCAUUGCUUUGCUCACUGUACUGGUUGCUUGUUGGUAAGUGGAGUAAAUCUGAGGUCUGUGGUUUAGCUCUCAAAGUCUCUAAUAUUCCAGGUCUCAAAGUCCUGAUAUCUUACUGGGCAUCCAGCAUCAUCCUCUUAAAAGUUAGAGAUAAUGGGAGCACUGGAACUUAGAGCUUGGUGAGACAGGUAGAGCAUCCAUUGUGCUGUACAUUUACUUCUGCAGCCCUGGAUCUGUGGUACUAGUUUUAGAACAUGUUAACUGAGUAUCUUAACUGAUGGUUUGCUGUUAUAGUGCCCAGUAUGGGCAUUAUGGGUAGGCAUUUUGCAAAUGAGAUUGUUGUUAUUUAUUAUUAGGCAUUAUGAUUGUAACAUAGCCUUUAAAAAUGAUAUCUAUAUUCAAUAUGCCAAUAUUUUAUCAAGCAUAACCAAAGGCCACAUAUCUGAUUUAUUAAUAUUUAGCACUUUUGUGAUAAUACUUCAUUACAGUAAUUGCAGUGAUAUAAUCAGAGUUUAAUUAAUAUUGUAUUUUACAUCAUUGAGCCAGUCCUACUCAACCAACCUUGCACUCAGAAAAAAAUCAAGUCUUUAAACUGUAGAAAUGACAGAUGCCACUAUAUUUGAGAUAUAUUGCUCAAUAGCUAUUUGGUUUUACAAACCAAGAUUCAAUAUAUUAAUUCUUUUUAAAGGCAAUGUAAUAGGAAAAAAUUGUUCAUGUAUCAGCUACAUUACAUGAGCUGCAACAAUAUUGUAUUUCCGAUUUACAUGCUUAGAAAUCUUCUUUUGUUCACCAAAAUGCACUAGGGAUAUUGUAGCCAAUCAACUGCCAAACCCCCAUGUAAUACACAUCAGAUGCAUCUACACAUGCAAUUAAGGUGGAGCAAUAAACUCCGAUGCAGUUUGCACCCAAGCCAAUUGCUCCCAGGCACAGCAAUUGUGCCUGAGUGCACACGUGUGCCUGAGACUGCAGCACUUUGA